AUGGGGAAACAGGCUGCGGAGUCGAGGUGCAUCGCGCUCAAGGGGGACCUGCAAUCGAUCAAAUCGGAGCUUGCGAAGCGAGAUACCAGCAUAAAAGUGGCCCAGGAGAAAAUAAGACACCUGGAGGCGGAAAGCUCGGGGCUCCUGGCGGCAGCGGAGUUCAGGGAGAAGGAGGCGUGCUCCAUGCAAGAGAAGGCGAGCCUUGCGCAGGAGCGGGCUCUCGCGCACGAGAAAGCUUUGGCGAGCGCCUUGGAGCAGCUGUCAGAUUCGGGCGUUUCGCAAUCGAAGAAGCUGGCUGAGCUCGCCGACGUGACGCAAGAGCUCAAGCUUACGAAGGCGGCGUUGGAGCGAGCCGAGAGGCUAGUGUUCGACCAACGACGGGAAGCGGACGAGAGGCAGCGCGAUGAAGACCGCCGGCGAGCGGAGACGGAGGCGCUGAGAGAUAAGCUCACCCGGGUGGAGCGCAAAAACACAGAGCUGAUGGCGAAGCAGGCGGCCGGGCGACUGGCCAAGCGAAUGCGCGGCAAUUUCGGGAGGAGCAGCACGUUCUGCGCGUUGUUCUGCAGCUGCUUCCGGGGGAAGCCGGCCUACCGACGGGUGGCGUCGCCGGCGCCGUUUGCGCCCCCUCCCGGCUCGUCGCCAGGGGAUAUCCCGUGGCUGGGAGAGGAAACCGUUGCCUCGCUCAGCGGCGGCGGCGGCGGCGGCGGCAGGGGGUUGUAGCAGCAGGCGGCGGGCGCCGGCGGAGCCGCGGGUUGGAUGGCAUGCAUGCAUGCAAGCGAUUCGCCUGCGCUGUAUCCGCGUUUUUUGUUUUUUCCUCUCGCCCGAGCUACAAGUAGUUCCUACGAUGGUUGGGAGGUUUUUGUAGUGGUUGGGUGUUGUAGCGUUUUGUUCACAGAAUGGGGAGAGCCCUGUGCGGGACUUUUUUUGGAUGGGCAACGCUGCUGAGCCGCUUGGCUGCUUCCGUGUGUCGUCUACCUGUAUCACAAGUUUUUUUUUCAUGUUUUUUUGUUAUAUUUACCCUCCCUUCCGUAUGGUGAUCGUCCGCGGCGCGUAGAAUGUAAGCAACUUCGCCUGUUGUGUCGGGUGGGUGUUUAGGUCCUUUGGAUGUAUGCUGGGGCGGGGUAGGUGUAGUAGCGGUGGUGUGCAUAUCGGGAGUCAGGCCCAUCUUUCUCCGAAAGGAAAGUCUUGGAACAAGAUAAUUUUUGCAGUCAGGCCUGAGGGCAGGUAAGGUCGUUUCAAGGCUGUAUCCGGCCUGUGUGUGGGUGUUUUUUUUUUUUACGUCGUGCAUCUCGCGAAAGUGCUGGAUACCCGUCCGUGUUACAAUACGUGCUGAUUACAUGUCCAGUAACAGCUACAUGAAUCGUCUCAAGACAUCUACGAGUUGGUCGGCAGGGAGGUUGUCUUUUCGACUCUGGCACGGAUUAAGGAAGGCGUGCGGCAAGUAGAGCGCCCAAGCACUGCGGUCGUAGUCUUAUUACGAAGAGAACGUGCUGAAAUGUAAAACCAGUCGGGAGUCUCUAUCGUCUACAUGGCGUUUUGCGUGUGUGGUGUGAUGUGGUACCUCUUUUUGUGGGCGUUUUUUGUUUGGUGCGGUGAGAACCCCCUCCCGCCCUACAACUGAAACCAAUAGCAAUUUUUGUUUUUUUUGUUCUGUCUGUGAACCCUGGACACUGCUCCUAAAAAAGUUUUAAACGAAAGUGUUAUUCGUCGUGGGUGAUUGAUUGCCCACCGCGUGGAUCGAUUGACUCGGUGCGCUCGCUUGAGCUCUGUGUGCUGCUGGCUUCUUGCUUUGUCC